CUAAGAGGGAGCGGAGCCGCUGCUUCCUCCUCUUCGUCUCCAAAUUCGUCCGCCUCUCCCACGUCUCCUUUCUUCUUCAACUGACUGUGUUACUACAACUGCUCGCAUUGCUCUCCUCCCAUCCGUUUGGGGAGGCGGCUUCCGAUGCCCCGAUAAAUGGGGAAGCCGGAGGAAGUCCGCGUCGAGGUCCCCGAUCGAGUCCUCGCCAACUCCGCGGCCGGAGGAGGGGGCGGUCGCGGAGGAGACGCCGGGAUCCGCCGGGCCGUCUCUCUGAGGUGCCUCGUCGUUCUGGCCCUCGGCUCUUGCGUGCUGCUCUCUGCCAUCUUCUGGUUCCCUCCUUUCCGCAGCCGACGGUCCGGGUUCGUCACUGACGACCCCGACAGCCUUCACGCUGAAAUCCAGGCAAGUCUUGUUUUGCAAAAACCAAUUUCACUACUUGGUACUAAUGCUGCAAGAUUGGAGAAUGACAUUCUUGAGGAAAUUGGUAUUCCAAAUACUAAGGUUUCAGUUAUCUCCAUGCAUUCGCUGGAUCCAGAAAACUCUACAUACGUGGUCUUUGGUUUUCUUCCUGACCCAAAAAAUGCCUCAAUAAGCUUACCAGCUUUAAGUAUUUUGAGAUCAACUUUGAUAAAUCUGGUCCUUCAGCAAAUUAAUAUAUCUUUGACAUCAUCAAUUUUUGGGCAUCCAUCAUCUUUUGAACUUUUAAAGUUUCCUGGAGGGAUAACUGUGAUACCUUUGCAGUCAGAUUCCAUUUGGGACAUUGCUCAAAUCCUAUUUGACUUCACAUUAAAUAACAACAUUGAAGAGAUUCUGGAGAACAUUGACCGCUUGAAGGACGAACUUAAGUUCGGAUUGAAUUUGAGGUCUUAUGAGAAUGUAUACGUGAAGCUGACAAAUAUAAACGGUUCCACGGUGACACCACCAGUUACUGUUGAAGCUUCUGUUUUGUCAGACAUGGGGAGCGGUAGUCUAUUACCAGAUAGAAUGAAACAACUAGCUCAGGUUAUCACAAGGCCCAAUGCUAACAAUCUUGGCCUCAACAACUCUGUUUUUGGAAAAGUAAAGCAAGUGCAAUUAUCAUCAUACCUUGAACACUCACUCUCAAUGGCCCCUGGUCCAUCUCCAUCUGGUUCUCCAUCUGUUGGCAAUCUUUACCCUGAACCUCCUGCUUCCUUGAACCCUACUCUCUCUCCUGCUCCUGUUCCAUCAGAUAACGACCAUCGACCGCCUCCAUGUUUCUGUUGUCACACUUUUCCAAUAAAAAAUCCAAUGGCAUAUGCACCUGCCCCAGAAAAUGGCAUCCAGCCAGAUUCUCAUUCUGCAAGUGCACUUGGACCUUCAAGAAGGAAUGUUGAUCCUUUUACUAACUGCUUUCCUUGUCCAUCUCUUGCACCAAAUACUGGUUCAUCAGUUCAUCCUUAUCCGCCAACUCUUUCUGGCCAUUUACGACACUUGACCAGUCCUCCAAGUCUCAAAGCAAUGGGGCCAACUCCCAAAGUGCUCUUAAAACACUCACCAUCAUCACCUGCAGCUAGCUAUGCUUCCAGGCCUGUACAAGUCAGUGAAAGUGGUAGCAGAGUGUCUCCAGCAACUUUGUUAUCAUAUGCAUCAUCCUCUUUAUUUUGUGCAGGAGACCCACUGAAUAGGGUAGUUGGGUGUUCUAGGUUGAUUGGGCAGGCCUGUUGAGCAAUGCAGGUGGGCAAGCAAGGUCCAUCCUCGACAUAGAACACAUACAUUAAAUGAUUAAUUAUGUUCAACUGUUCAAGAUAAUUAGUCCAGUUAAUUUCAUUUCCAUGCAGUCAUUACUUGCAAUGUGAAAUUAGUAUAGCUGCUCCAAAGCUUUUUGAGCGCUGUACUGGAAUUAUUAUCCAGUAAGCAAUCUACACCCCAUAGAGUAAGGCAAGUGCUCGUGUGAAUUGGCAAUACAUGUCUGUAUCAGGUCAAAAUUCACCAUCACAGGCAACAAUUUUUUAUUUAUUAUUAUUAUUUUUUCAUUGUCUUUUCCUGUUACAAUUGCUCUGAAUUCCUGCGUACUGUAAUUUAAUGUAAUAAUCUUUUAGGUAUUGUUAUGCUUUAAUUUAUUUUUGCCUUCCUGGUCAAAAUAUAUACUUCAACAGCCUCAUCUGGCAGUGUUUCUAGUUAAAGGAUUCUAGCAUUGUCCUUCCUCCAGGAGAUUCCCAUGUUGAGUACUUGAGUGUUCCCUGUGUGGAUCAAAAUAUAGUCUGAAGCAGACAAAAUAAUAUGUUGAUUAGGCUGGGAAUUGCAAGGCAUGAGAAAUCAUCAUUAACUAACUCAUUGCACAAAGAAAAAAUAAUCAUAAAAUAAGUCAAAGAUUUUAUUUUCCUUUAUCAUAUCUAGUUGUAAUCUUGCAUCAGGAUCGAUACGGUGUUUUUCAACCAGGAUUCUUUAUCUUUUGUUAGUUCAUAUGAAGGGUGAUGUGGUUAUUCUGCAUAUUGAAGUCUUUUUCUUUUGUUAUUUUAGUUUGGGCCAGUAGUUGAGAUAUUGCUUUGUCUACUAAAAUUUCUGCUUUAUUUGAGAUGAA